ACAAGGGGGAAUUUGUAAUGAAAAUGAGCACAGAACAAGAAAAGACUGGCUACGAUAUUCAGCACAGACAUUUGAUCUACUCUGCCUGCAUCUUAAUUUCAGUAGCUCUGAUGUCGACCUAUGUGGCAGUGGUCGCUUUACACCACGUCCUUGCACUGAAAGGAGAAAUCUCUUCGAUGAGAGAGGAACUGGACACGUACAAACUCCACCUGGAAGCCCUGACAAAAUUAAAUAAGGCCCAAGCGGCCAACUGGAGCAUUUCAGUGAACCAGCUUGAUGAGGUUUUUGAGGAGCAACUGUACCACGAGGCUAAAUCAAGAGAUGGGAUGAAGCUUAGAAUACACAGGUCACUCCCUGAACAGGCACAGCAGGCCUGUGUACAACUGAUUGCUUCCAAUGUCCCAAAGCGCACCGUAAGAGUGAGCAAUUGCCAAAAAUGCAUCCCGGGAAGACCACAGCAAUCCUGUCGAGUUGAACGGAGAGCCGAUGGGAAUCAAAACCAAAUGGAAGCCACCUCCGUCCCCUGGAUUCUGAGCUUGAAAAAAGGAAGGGCUCUCGACAAGAAAGGUAAUAAGAUCUCUGUGAUAGAAGCUGGUUACUUUCUGGUGUACAGCCAAGUGUGGUACAAGGAUAAUACGUUUACGAUGGGGCACUUUAUAAAAAGAUACAAGGCCAAUAUUGUUGGCAACGAGCCGCACUCGGUGAUUUUGUUUCGGUGCAUUCAGAACAUGUCUGCCUGCUGUCCAAACAACUCCUGUUUCACUGCUGGCAUCGCACAGCUUGAAGUAGGAGAUGAACUUGAACUUGUAAUACCGCGGAUACAGGCACAGAUUGCAUUAAAUGGUGACGGGACAUUCUUUGGAGCAAUAAAGCUGCUGUAAAUUUAUUUAUUCUGAGAUACAGCUUGGAACAGGCCCUUCUGUCCCUUCGAACGCACUGCCCAGCAAACCCCCGAAAACCCUGAUUUAACCCUAAGUUAAUCACGGGACAAAUUUACAAUGACUAAUUAACUUACCCGGUACGUCUUUGGACUGUGGGAAGAAACCAGCGGACCCAGUGAAAACCCACACAUUUCACGGGGAGGACGUACAGAGACUCCUUACAGAGUACGCCAGGACUGAACUCUGAACUCCGACGGCCCGAGCUGUAAUAGCAUCGCCCUAACCGCCUCGCUAACGUGGCGCCCAAAAUGUGCCCCAAAGCUUGAGAAGCAGAAUGCCUCCAUAUUUUAUCAACUCUUUGAUUUACUGUGGUGGAAUAGAUGUCUGAUUUUUAAAAAAAAACUAAAUAUGCCAGAAAGAGAAUACAAUUUUGUCUCUCUCAUGCAAUAGAAAAAUGAAAGGAAUGGAUAGUCUAAGUUUCCAUAUUUUUGUUAUUGUUAAAAGUCAGAUUGAAGCAAAUCUGAGAGCCAGUCAGGAUGGAUUGUCUUGGAAAAUCUUCUGCCUGCUUUGCAAUUGGAGGAAGUCAAGGGUGCAUGAAAUACAGGAGAAACCUGGAAUAUAUCAAACUUCCUGGAAGCCACCUUGUAUGGAAAAAUUCUCCAUCUCCAGCCCUUGCAUUAAACACAAAAUGGAGGACAUCCUAUUGGAACUUAUAAACAGAGCUGCAGUCCGACAGCUGCCAGGUGGUCUAACAAAUCACUGAAUGCAGCAGAAAAUAGAGAUGGGGAGUAAUUGUCUUACCAGCAAUGCCCACAAUGAAAAAAGUUGCCUGGAGCUAUUAACAUAGACAUGAAGAAAGUAUGCAAGUGCUUUAGCAAUGUAAUGAUUGGUCUCCAUAAAAUGUUCAGAUGCUUCUGAAGAUGGGGCAAGUGGGAAGAGGACCAAAGAGUUAUGAAUAAUAAUCAGUUAAGUAAAACAUGAUCAAAUUUGAAAUGAAGAUUGAGAACAUGAGCACAAUAGAUCAAUACAAAGUAUUAGCAUCUUUCUUGUAAAUGAAAGAAUUUGGGGAAAAUAUCCUAAGAGACUUAUCGCCGUCAUUGUCAAGGCAACUAGUAUUUCCUAAUUAUAAAAAACCAGCAGCAGAGCCCAUAACUCAUAUGACAUAGGAGCAGAUUUAGGCCAUUCAGCCCAUCUAGUCUUCAAUAUUCCAUCAUGGCUGACUUACUAUCUCUCUCAACUGCAUUCUCUGGCCUUCUCCUCGUCACCUUUGGCGCCCUGACUGAUCAAGAAAACCUAUCAACCUCUGCUUUAAAUAUACCCGAUAACUUGGCCUCCACAGUCGUCUGUGGCAAUGAAUUCCACAGAUUCCCCUCUGGCUAAAGAUGUUGCCAUGGAUUCAGCCAAAGGAAGGUGCAUCGACUCUCAGGGCUCUUCCAUGGUAAGAAGGGGAAGAUGUGCAUUGACUUUAUCACAACCACUGCCAAUGGCAAAAGAUUAGAUUUGCAACCUUUGCACCAUCAUUUCCACAGGAAGGCAACAGACUAGGUAAUUACAAGCCAAUGAACCUAAUUUCAGUGUUGGAAAGAAUAUAAAUUCCCUGAAGUUUAGAGGAUAGCACAUUAUACAGUACGCUUAUAGUUGGACAUGCUAUUUGGAGAAAAAGCCCCAUGAAAAAGUAAAGUCUUUAUGAUCAAGGGAAGGUGGAUCCAAAGUUUUGCAAGGAAAACAGUUUCUUUUUCUUAUCUGUUGGCAAUAAAUUUUAAAUGUUCAGAAUACAUAUUUUGGUUUAGAUACCACAGUUAGCUUUCAUAACAUUGCAGAUAUCUAACCCAAACUGAUUUGAUGAGUUGUGUGACCAGAGUGAAUAGUUUAGGAGAAAAGAGUAAUAAAGAAUAGGUAUGCAAUCAUAAAAUAAAAGAUCUUACAGAUAUAAUUAAAGUACAAUUUGGGCUUAGCUAUAGUUCAGAUUUCAAUAUUUUAUACUGACAAAGUCUAUUGAGUGUUUCAUUUUAGUAACUGUAAGUGUCUGAUUUUACCUAAAACUAGUUCAAAGUAAACUCUGAAGUUACAUCCAAAUUAAGACAAAACGAGCUUCUCCCUGCAAAGAGUUUGUCAAAAUGCAGAAGUUGUGAGAUACCACAAAAAUUUGGCAUAGAUUAGCAAUGAGGAAGCAAGCUCUGGGCUGCAAAGAGAAAACAGAGUGGAAGAAAAGUAUUUCACUCAGGAAAGCAAGUGAGAUAAUAAGUCUGAGAAGGUAGAGGGACAAAGAAAUAGAGGCCAUCCUUGGAUAAUAAACGAGUUCCAUCUUUAGAGGAAUCUACAAGUCAAAUUUUCUCAGGAAGUUGAUUUUGUUCUCAAAAUCACAAUACAGUAACCAUACCUUUACAGCAUUGGAAUGAAUGGUGUUGAUGAGGGCCAAUUUACAUGAAUAUUUAUUUAUUGUCCCUUCUACCUAGUUACAAUGAUACAGGAUCAUGAUGUCUCACACUCAAUUGCUGGCUUUGAUGGACUUGAAUUAUCAGUGGAUGUUAUAUGGUUUAAGAGGGUAUUGUUGAACAAGUAUUAAUAAGAGUGAUUGUUUGUCAGUUUCGAAAGCAACCCUCUUAAGUAGCCUCCCAUGAUGAAACUGGCAAUUUGUGUUCUUAAGAGGCAAUGGUAUAUAAUAACACUGGACAACAAAGAUAUUGCUUCCUGAAUACUUAUGGAUUUUACCCUGCUAAUCAUGAAACUCAUCAUGAAAUUUCCCUAUCAUGUACCAUUUUAUUAGAAAUUGCCUAUAUUCGUUAUUUCAAUUUCAAUUCAUAAUUCAGUGACAGGCAAUUCAAAGAACUUCUAGUGGAAUCAGAGAGAAUCGCAUGGAAGGCAUACAAGGAUGUUGUUGAAAAUUUUCUUGGCAACUACAGAGCACCAACUUAUGAGCAGCUGGUUGACAACAUGCUUCAAGCAUUCAAAACCAUGAAGCGCAACAUGUCCCUAAAGAUUCAUUUUCUGCAUUCCCAUUUAGACUUCUUUCCUGCAAAUCCUCGCGCUGUCAGUGACGAUCAUGGUGAAAGGUUUCACCAGGACAUUGCGGUCAUGGAGAAACGAUAUCCGGGCAACUGGAAAUCCAUCAAUGUUGGCUGAUUAUUGUUGGUCAC